GAGGAAUGUGGGGUUGAACAAACAACAACAAUCCUGUGGUUUAUGUUGUGGUUAGCUGCUUCAUUUCUAUCCUGAAAAAUUAUUAACCAGUAAAACUAGCUUUUCAAAAAAUGAUGUUAAUCAGACAACAAAUUGGAACCGUCUAUCGAUUAACCAGGACGUCCGUGCGAUUAUGUAACACCGGCUCCAGAGGAUCUCGAACGGAGAAUGAAGGCGAAAACACCGACCAGGGGAAAAAGUCAUCGGAAACAAAGUUGGUACUCCGAACGCAGUUCUUCGAACACGUUUCGCAAAAAGAUAAACAAACCUACAUCGAAAUGGUACGAAUCUUCGAAAGCAAAAGUGUCCACCGGAGAAACCACGUAGAAUUCAUAUAUGCCGCGCUCAAACAUAUGGAAGAGUUCGGGGUGCAAAAAGACCUGGAAGUGUACAAAGCAUUAAUCAACGUGAUGCCGAAGGGUAAGUUUAUUCCAACCAACAUCUUUCAGGCGGAGUUCAUGCACUAUCCGCGUCAACAGCAGGUCAUAAUCGAUUUGCUAGAACAGAUGGAGGAUAACGGAGUGAUUCCGGAUUACGAAAUGGAAUCGAUGUUGAUUAACGUUUUCGGAAAGAAGGGGCACCCGGUGCGAAAAUACUGGCGAAUGAUGUAUUGGAUGCCAAAGUUCAAAAAUCUCUCACCAUGGCCGUUGCCUAAUCCAGUGCCGGAUGAGUCUCUAGAACUGGCCAAAUUGGCCGUGGAACGUAUGUGUUCGGUAGAUUUAAAGUCGCAGAUUUCGCUGUUCGACACAGCUGAAGUUUCAGAUGCAUUAGACCAAACGUGGAUCGUAAGCGGACAGAGUUCAGAGCAGUCGGAGCUGUUGGCUCGGCACAGCCACAAGCCAGUUUUCAUCGAAGGCCCAUUUUUGAUCUGGCUUCGAAAUCGUUCGAUUAAUUACUACCUGCUGAAGAGCGAAUCGAAUCCCCCACCACCGAAAAACGAUGAAGAUUCGGACGAUGUACGAAAAAUUUCCCUACCCUUCCUGGGAAUUGGAAUGACGCACGCAGCGACUCCUGCAAGUAAAAUUGCGCUCAAACGUUCCAUCCAUGAGCAGGAGGAUGGGACAAUUUUUGCUAUUUGCUGUACAGGAACAUCCACUAAAGAUUCACUGCUGUCCUGGGUUCGGUUAUUGGAGAAACACGGCAACCCCUGCCUUGAGCACUUGCCCGUCCUGUUUAAAUUCUCCUCUCCUGUUCCGGAUCAACUGCUAACGGUAAGCUGUGGCAAAGGUAGUUCAGAAAAUGAUCAGUCACAGCAAGACAAUUCAAAGUUAGGUUCGUAGUAUAAAACUUGUUGAAAUGAGUAAUAAAACCAUGUAAAUACU